UUCCCCAUUUCCCAUUUCCCCUCUUCCACCGAUCAAAAUCCCUAAGCCCGUGCCCUCCCCCCUCUUUUUCCCAAUUCGAAAAUCAACCUUCACCUCCACCAAUCUACCUCCACCGAUCCACCUCCGGUCCUCCACGGCUCCACUCAAUUCCAGAAUCAGAGGUUAGAGCGGUGCUUCUACGUCUUCUACCUUUGAAUUUCAAAGAAACAAGUGACAUUGAAAUCGAUUUGGCUUACCUUAGUUUCCUUUCCGAAAAUAGAUUGACGAUGGGAUUACCAAAUGCAAGCGGUGACUUGUCAACUGAAGUUGAGGUAGAUGCUUUCAGACGCCUCUUUCCCCUUCGUUUCUACGAGAAACAUCUUUUAGAGUCUAUACGUCCUGAUGCUCGUCCGCUUGGAAGAGCAAGAGAAACCACCAUUGCCCUUGGGGCUGUUGCAUCUGCUAAUGGUUCAGCACUUGCAAAAAUUGGUUCAACUACUAUGUUGGCUGCUAUCAAAAUGGAGGUCAUGACCCCUUCAUUGGAAACACCGGAUGAGGGUUGUAUAGCUAUUGAUUUCCACAUGCCUCCAAUUUGUUCUCCAAUUGUUAGGCCUGGCAGACCGGCUGAGGCAGCACCAGUCGUUGCGAAGCAAUUGUCAGACACUAUUUUAAGCUCUGGCAUGAUCAAUUUGAAGGAACUGUCCUUGGUUAGUGGAAAAGCUGCUUGGAUGGCAUAUUUGGACAUAUACUGUUUGGAUGCUGAUGGUGCUCUUUUUGACACUGCAUUACUCUCAGCGGUUGCUGCCUUUUCUCAUUUGGAAAUCCCGGUGGUAUCUCUCAACGAUGAUGGAAAGAUCGUUUUAUCAGAGGAACAAGGACUAUCUGACAGGGAACCAGUGAAUAAGGAGAAGAGAAAAAUUAAUCUGAGCAGCGUUCCGUUUUCAUUGACAUGUGUACUUCACAAGAACUACAUUUUGGCAGAUCCUACUGCCGAGGAAGAAUCUAUUAUGGACACUAUUGUAACCGUGGUUUUAGAUUCAUCUAGUCAACUCGUCUCGCUUCAAAAACCAGGUGGAACAGUUCUAGCAUAUACAUCAGCUAUCCAGGACUGCAUUGCAUUAACACGGCAAAGAGUGAAGGAACUUCAAAAGAUUCUAGAGGAAGCCAUUUCUGGUAUGGAGGUUGACUAAUCUUGCACCUACUAAUUAAAUGCUAAUAAUUGAUCUUUUUAAAAUUAUUGUUGUUUGUUCUAUUGCGUUUGUUCAGUGACAUUAUUAGUUCAGGGACUGGUUUUUGGAGGGUGUAAGGAACCAAUUCUAGUAUGCUUAAAAGUGGCAAAUUUUGUUUAUUGCCUUUUGGUAUGUUAAAAAUGUUCCGUAUUUGUUCUAUAGAAUUUCUUAAUGUUGAAAGUA